CUUUGAUUUAAAUUUUUACAUUGACUCAGAACGUUGUGUGUUUUCAUUUUCUAUAGAUAGAAGAUUCAAUUUCUUGUAGUACUUCUGGUUAAUAGUUUAAAAUGCCGUCAGAUUUAACCUCACUGAUGGCCCGGCGGAACGUCCGGUCCACCAUCACGGGGCCUAAAAACUCUGCCCUCCACAGCCUCUUAGCCCCCAUCCACCAGGAGGUGCACGCGGCUCAUGCCCACGCCAUCAUAAUGCGACAGAGACGCAUCCGAGAGCUAUUCGAACGGGAGAUGGAGCAGGUGAAAAUGGAGCUGAAUCGGCUAAGGCCGACUCAAGUUGGCAACAACUGUCGUUUCAGAUCCACGCCGCUGGGCAUGGUCUCAGUUGCAGUUAGAUAUAUCAACCAAAUUCCGUUGAGAGCAGCGGGCAACACCUUUCCAGGUAACAGUUGACAAUAGAACUUGGUGUCUCGAAGAGUGCUGCCUGUUAAAUGAAGUGAAAUAAAUGUUAUUUGGAUAUUAA